AUGGCGCAACAACCAUCUAACUCCUCUCAGCCAUUUUUGAAUUGCACAGGUGACACCGAUUCAAGAACGGGCUUGGAGAGAAUCGAGCCUACGCGUUAUUCUCCGGAAUCGAAGCCUACAUCACCCCCUAUUCCGCACCCCGCUCCAGCUCUUCAGAGCCAUCACCUCGCCAUCCUUCUCUUUUCCCUCCUUUUGAUCAUCCUAUCGGCACCUAUCAUUGCUCUUGUUGCAUUUACGGGCUUCAAGCCCAUUCCAGUGGGCUUCAAUGGCUGCCAGGUUGCGUUCUACGGCUCUGUUCUUGGUGCAGUUGGCGCGACACUCUUGCAUCGGGUAGUCACGUCCAUUGCUCAACGCCAGCUCAUAACGGAGAAGGGAGCUACGUUACGCAUGUUCAGGCGAUUGGCAAUCCUCGAUAUCCUUCAUCUCGUGCAGACCCGAAGCUCAAGCUUCGCACUGCAACGAUCAUGGGCCCUUCCCAUCCUCCUCGCCACAUUUCUUGCAAGCAGCUCCACUAUCGCUCUGAUUGGCACCCACACAGUGCCAGGCACAAUUCGCAAUCCUUUGGGCUCAGUCGCACUUGGUCUUCUGAACGAUACCCUUUUUUAUAAAGCUCCUGAUGGUGCACUCUUCCCGGAUCUUGUCGAUAUUGAUCCCUCCAAUUUUGAUGGUCCUGUCGUGAAAGCCGCGACAAUAAUUUCUCUUCAGGCACUGGGGAAAUACGACAGUAAUUAUGCACAGCAAAAUGACCUUUACCUCGGCGGACAAAUCGGAAAUUCGACGUACGAAGAUCUGGAUACAGGAGGGAUUGGCGUGAAUGUCAACUCAUACUUGCGCUUCAGUGGGGAUGGAGAUUUCUUCAAUCCCCCUACCAAUUAUACAUUCAGUCGCCUGACCGGCGUUGCCUGGGGUAUCAACACAACCGUUCAGUGUACUCCCACCAAUGCUUUCACUGUCACCCCACUAUCGGUAGCCUUUGGGCAUGGAAAUAUAAUACGCGUGUACAACGUCUCGGGACCGGCUUAUAAUAUGGUGUUCUCUUCUCCUCAAGAAAGCAUCCAGCCGUACGCAUUUACUGUUCUAGCUUCCAACCUUGCCCUACCGUCCAGUCAGCUCAACUCAAAUCAGUGGGUCAAUCUGGUUGUCCUCAUGCCUACCUACCUCGACCAGACAACUUUGGUGUACAUGUGCUCGAUAUCAGCACGUCAAUAUCUCGCGUCUGUCAGUGUCGCCGGUGUAGGAGGGACCGUGCAGUAUUCCCCUCUAGACCAAAGCAAAGAUGUCAGCGGACCCCUCCUUUCUCAAGACCAAGCAGCCUUUUUGGAAACACUGAUCAAUGUCCGAGUGGGAGGCGCGAUUGCAGCAGUUAUGGGAGACCAGAUCAUCGAUCCCAACUCUACGAUACCCACUGAGGGUGUCUUGUCCAGCAUCCUAAGCGCAGCCACGCGCAUUCGAAUGACGGUGCGAAAGCAGCACUAUGAACGGGCCAGUGCAAGCAUUCCAGGUAUAUCACUGGACCAGACCUACUUUGAACUUGAAUAUAACGUCCAGCAAAUCGGAAGCGGGCGGAAAGGCUUGUUCUGGCUUUUCCUUCCGAUCUUGAUAUUUCUCACAGGAAUUGGGGGAUUACUUUUCUCGCUCGCGAGGGGAGAAACGGCGAUCGUUGAUCUCACGGAUCCCGUAGCGAUUUCUGCCAUUAUGGUCGGAUCGAUUAUUCCAGAGCUCGAGGGGAGAAGUUCUGGGAAUCCAACUGCUCUUGAUCGCGAACUUCUGGAUGAAGUGGAGCUAGUUCUGCGCGUCAAGGGAGACAGGCGAAUUGAAUUUAUGACGGACAAGACGUCCGUCGUUAAUGCGAAGGAGAAACAUUCGUAG